AUGGCGUUCGUGACGAGUAAAGUGCGCUUGCAUUUGCUUUGUGCAUCGGUAGAGCUUCUAAUAAGCUUACUACUUUCUUCAAUGACCGUUGCCACUUGUCUUGGCGACGGCAAGCAGCAAUGGGAUUCCAAAAGUGUUUGGGACUCGACGACCCCAACCUCCUUGGCAGCGGAAAUGAAUGUCACUCGACAAAUAUUAGUCAGCCCAAGGAAACCUCAACAUUUGGAUGAAAUGGCGACCGCCCAUCGGCAAAUCGAUGGACCUAACGACGGCAUCGCAACGGAGAAACAACCGAAUUUGAAUUUUGCAUCGAGGAAAAUGAUCGGCUUGGCGAAUUUGACCAGUAAUGCUUCACUGAUCGAAUCCAAUAAAAAACCAAUCGCUUUGCCAAACAUGAUGCUAGGAACAGAUCCGUCGAAAAAGUCUCACAUCAUUUUCAGCGCCUACACCGAGCAUCCGACUCCGAAGAAUUCGAGCGUCACCUACACCAAGACGAAUGCAACCGAUGGCAAUCCGGUGGAUGCGCCCAGCGGAGUGUACACGGCUCUAAAGCCAGGCCUGUACGGUUUCAUCUUUCAUGCAUUGACCAACGAUUUGAACCAUGUUUUACCCACCGUCGAGUUGCGAGUCAACGGCGUCGCUGCAGCCACAGCCGCUGCUUUUAACGGCGGCACUUAUAAGGCUCUCACACUGAUCGCCGGCGCUAGACUGAACCGAGGCGAUCACGUCUCCGUCUUCGUCGUUGACGGUCCGCUCUUUCAUAGUAAAAAAGGCAGCAAUCACCGAGCUUCAUUUGCGGGAACACUCAUGAUCUAA